GGUGUUAAAAAUUUAUGGACAACUAAAAAACUGCAAGAUCUGAGUCAUUGAUUAGGAACCCAUUUAUUUCCCAUUCGUUGCAUUAAUUGCAUUUAUAAAAACCAACAGUUAUGUUCUAGUACGUAAUUUCACCUACCUCAUAAUUUACAAAUGUUCAUUCUGUCUGCAAGUUGCCCUUUCAUUUCAACCCUCCCAAAUAAACAGUUUAUUUAUAUCUCUAUUAAAAUUUAUUUUUAUACCAAUUUCAACACUAACACCAGUUAAAUCAUUACCAUCAACACCGUUGAAAUUGAUGCCAAUAACAAACCAUUUCCUCAAUGCUAAUUCUCCAUUUCAAUAUUCAUUCAGCACAUUGUAUUAUUAAUCCCCUCUGGGGUAUUAACAUUUCAUUAUGCACAACAUCAACUAUAAUAAUAGCAAGUCUAGUAACAAAACAAAACGACAAGCGACUCGUUCCCCACUAAAUCAUCAUCAACCAAGCCAUGUGCGACUUUUUUUUUCAUUUGUUAUCCAUGCAACUUGACUUAAUCUGAUGCAGAAACUAAGAACAUUCAUAUAAACAUAGACUUGAUAGAGCUUAGUUAAAAUUGGCACGCAAUUAGCGUGUCGCCAAUCAACAUUAUUGCAUGAUGUGUAAAUCAUUGAUGAAAGCAAUCACGCAUCAUAUAAAUCCAAACAGAUAAAAUGUGAUUCAACGCAGUGGCGGCGCCAAUCCCACUACUGACAUCAAUUUUAUUAUUGCCAACUAUAAUAUGUUUCAAUUAUACAAAUUUAGUUUCAAUAUUGAGGCAUCAUCUGCCUUCACUUUAUAUGCGGAUUGUUCUUUUUUCCCACUAAAAAAAAAAUAGAAUUGAAUUGAUGACCAAUUAAGAUCUAUGGUAAUCGAAACCAGUAAAUCACUAUCAGAGCCCACUCUGAUGCAAACAGUGGAUUAGCCAGCCACAAGUGAUGCCAUGAUGAUGCUGAAUUGCUGAACAACGCCAAAUAAAAUUAAUUUCAAUCAAAUGCGACGAAUUUAUGCAGAAAAAAAACGCGUAAAGGGAUGUUGCUGUCUCACUUGGAUUUGACUCUCCCCCAGCAUUCAUCCGGACUGAUCCGGACCAUUCAACGCUCCCCCUUUCAUAUUGUAAUUGUUAAUUUCCCUCCGUCUUGUGUCAGAAAUCUGUGCAAAUCCAUCUGACAACAUCCCAUCAUAAUUCAGUUCAAUUCCAUUUUCAAUGGCAUUCGCGUCGAAACAAUGAAAUCGUCCGCAUUUGUUAUUCUCAUUUUCGCAAUAUGUUCGUCAGUCAACAGCGGUCAACUGAAACGAGUCUGGAUGCAGGAUCACUGUACCAGUGGUUUGUGCCAAGGAGUCACAAUCUCCCGCGAUGACUAUGUCAUCCUGUCAAACACACCCAUCACCAAGCAGAUAAUUUUGACAUUUGUCAAUUCGACAAUUGCCAAAAUACCCCACCUCAUGUUUGACACAUUUCCUGACCUUCAAAUUCUUCGAAUGGACAACUGUUCGGUGGAGACAUUCGAGAAACCACAAUUCGAAGGUGCCAGCAAUUUGAUGGGACUAUUUCUGGCCAACAAUCAAAUACGAGACAUCCCCAAGAAUAUAUUCCUCGGUGCAGACAAUCUGAAUACCCUGUCACUAGCUGGCAAUCAACUGCGACAUUUGCAAAAUCAAAGUUUCAACGCCCUAAAGGAGCUCAAGUCAUUGGAUUUGUCACACAAUAAACUUGAAAAUCUUCCUCCUGGUGUAUUCUCACCCAUGCGAAAGCUGAUGGAACUUAAUUUGUCAAACAACCAACUGACAGCCAUGCCGGAACGAAUAUUCGAAAAGACACCCAAUCUGACCAAAGUCCAUUUGUCAUAUAACAAAUUCUUAAAAUUCGAAUCGGAAUACUUCAAAAACCAUCCGAAACUUUCACUACUUGACAUCUCUGGUAAUCCCCUAGUUGAUACGACUAUCAACUUUGACGUUUUAGACACUUUGCUAGCAAACGAUUGUGAAUUGCAUAAACUAACAAUUUACGGCUAUGUUAAGGAGGUAGAAUUGCGAAAUAAUUCACUGCAGGACAUACCGAAUUUCCCGAAUGCAGCGAAUGUCACCGUUUUGGAUUUGUCAAUCAAUCCGAUUGCAAGUCUCGAGGCAACAUCUCUGCGACGCUACAUUGGAUUAGCUAAACUGAAUUUUAGCCGAACGAAAAUCCAUGAUUUUCCCGAGGGUGUUUUCAAGAAACAAACCAAACUCAAAGUAUUGGAUAUUUCGAAUAAUUCACUGUAUAAUUUGAAAGUUAGCGUAUUUGACAACUUGAAGGCAUUGCAGUAUUUCUAUUUUCAUCAGAAUAAUUGGAAUUGUGAUUUUUUGCAAUUGUUGAUGAAUUCGUAUGUGAAGCGACGGGAAAUUGUAUUUGCUGAAGAUGACUUGGAACCGGAUAAGGUUGAUGAUUAUGUGGAUGGGGUGGCGUGUUGGUAUGAGAGUAGUCGAACGUCGAAGAAGUGUUCGGAAGAUGGGGAAUCGGUGUUGGAAUUGGCUAUAAUACGAAAUGAUAUAAAAGCUUUUGUUGAGACUGUGGAUAAGAAGUUUGUGAAGAUAUUUCGUUUGUUAGAUGAGAUUAAGAGUAAAGUGUAAAAAUGAAAAAGUGAUACUUUUAAUAAAAAAAAAAAAAUAAUUAUAAAAUGAAAUGGAAUUUUUUUUUAUUAUGAGUUACGAGUUAAAUGCUUCAAGAAAGGUUUUAAAUUUCUGUGGAUUUGCUAUUUUGUGUAAACUUUGAAUUACACGAGGGUUUGAAGAAAAAAAAAAUUCAAAAAGAGAUAUAAAAUUAGAGUUUUGAGUGUGUUUGCUGU